UACCGUAAACAGAGGGUGGGAGCAAUGAUGGCGGCGUGUAUAGUGUUAAAUAACAUUGCCGUUUCUGGACCUUAGAAGUGAUAAGGCAAGUUUGGUAGCCCAGCAUGAGGGCAGUCAGGCAUUAUUGCGUCUGCUGCCGCGUCUCUAGAGAGAAAAAAGCUGGAAUUGAAUUAUUAUGUGGGCUACGAGCAGUGUAGGAUCUGAUGGCGGCAGCGAAGCUUGGAUAUCCCAACAAAAAGUGUUCAACAAAAGUAACUCAGGAGGCAGUACAGAGGCAGGCAAUGGAGCAUAUGGCAGUGAAUCAGAAGACCCGAUUGUCCGGGCUCUUGAAACCUGCCGUACCAAUCAUCAGUUCAUUGCAUCUCAGGCAGAACAUUUGCAGCGCCUGAGGAGCCAAUGUGCUACCUCAGCUCCUAUAACUCGUCAGGAGAUUAGAGCUCUAGAGGUGAAGUUGGUGCGGUUGUUUGGCCAGCAGUUGGCAUGCAAGCGUCGGCUGCUUGUACAUCAGAUCCCGGAUGAGCUCAAUGCAUUUCCAUGUCUAAAGCAAUGGCUCUCUGUUGUGGGACUGACACCAGAGGCUGUUCAGGCUGUGUGUCAUGGAAUUUCAACAUUGGAAGAGCUCUUGGCUUUGGGGGAAACUGGGAUAGCAACGUUGUUGGGUCCUGUCAUGGGUGCUUCUGGCCAGACAAACAAACUGCAGCGUGCACUACACAACCUGCGCCGAUAUACAGCAAGUCUGAUGAACAACAGCAGUGGCAGCAACAGUUCUGAGUCAGAUGUGCCCCUGUACUGGGACUCGUGGGAUCAUCACCAGCAGCGGGGUUCAUGCCCCUCCUCCCCACGCACCCUGCACCGUAGCACUCCCCACACACCGCACCGGGAAGCGCGGUCUUCUGUAUCAUCUUCAGAUGGCGAUACCUCGGACAUGGGGAGCUCAGCGAGUGGCUACUGUGGAGGAGGCGGCGGCUCGAGUUUCUCCUCUUCUUCAGGUACUGUCAACCACCAUCACCACGGAGGAGCCUACCAUCACCACCGCCAUCAUCGGAGCAGUGAUGAAUCAUCAACUCCUUCAUCACCACCAGUCACAGGACUCUCUCACCACCACUCGAGUAGCACUAACCCCAACAAUGCGUCGCCUAACAUUCCUCCUCCAAGUCCUCUCCACCCUCCUUCCACUCCUUCCUUGACGCUCCAACUGCCGCCGUCUUCAACUCCUCACGAUCUGCGCUACACGCCUCCAACAACCCCGCCCGUCAUUAAAACUCCUAAGCCACCUGAUAAAAAAGUGUCAACACCUCCUCCUAACAAGAAAUACUUGUUGAUCAAUCCUCCAUCGUCUACGUCUGGUUCGAUUGGUCGGUCUACGUCUCACGAGAGUCAACUGACCACACGCGAAGGCUCGGACUCAGGCAUAUCCUACAACACUAAUUACUCCACGGCCUCAAACACUCUCUCCAGUGUGUCUUCGAACGCUCACAAUGCCAAUGACCUGCACAUGAUCUCGCCUAAGACUUCUGCUGUGGCGUAUCACAUGCGGCAUCAGUCAGAGUCAUCAGGCGAGGUGCCGCUGCACCCAGCAUUGGCUGCGGCGGUGGAGAGGACCUUCAACUCCUCCGCUUCAGUGGCGUCCCCCACCCGCCAGCACUACACUCACCAGCAUCCUUACCAUCACCAAUACUCAGACGAUGACAACUGCAACAAAAACGCAUCAGUGCCCCGGUCACCGCGCACGCCUCCUCUGCAAGGCUCGAUGGUGCACAACGUUCAGCAUCGCUUCACUAAGAGCAUCAACAUCAAGCCUGCCACCUGCGGCUAUUGUCAUCAAAAGUUUCCCAUUCUAGGAGGUCUGCGAUGCAAAGAAUGCAACUUCAAGUGUCACCGCGAGUGCGAGUCCAGCGUCCCUCCUUCAUGUGGCCUGCCGCAUGAAUACCUAAAGAUUUUCACUGAGUCCGUGAACAGCCACCUGCAGAACAGCAGCCGCGCUGGGGGACUUAGCGGCGUCUCUCCUUCGCACCAACCUUCAGACAACCUCAGAACUCCUCCUCUGUUGCCGCCCCAUCAUCACACUCAACACCAGCACCACUCAUGCCAGGGUGUAGAGAGCUCAUCAAACACUUCGAGCUGCAACUCCUCGACACCAAGCAGUCCUGCUUUGCUGCCGCCAGUUAGCCCCGCUGUCCCGAGUGGCAGUGGCAAGCUUCACCGGCCUCCUCAACAACACACGCCGCUCUCCUCCGUCACCACUCACGAAGCGUUCCACUAUCCAGACGUGACAAAGCAACAUCGAAUGCCGGAGUCGUGGGUAAACUUUCCCCAUCGUGGACCUUCUGCAACAGCUUCUGCCGCCUCCACCAUCCAUUCUCUCACUAGUACAACUUCCUCCACUCUUUCUGCCACGUCCUCCACCCGCAGCGAACUUAUUGAUUCUGAUCGCACUACAGUUUCUACUAACUCGGGGUCUGGUUCAACUGACGACUCUGAGCGUACCGUAGCAGAGCGAGUUGACUCGCAAGACUCGACCAUCUCUGACGGCUUGAUAGACAGCGUCGGAGGUGUGGGCAGCGUUGGCGAUGGCGGGAGUGUCGGCGGAGGCGCGGGCGGCAGUUACGGCAGUGGCAGCAUUUCUGGCAUUAUGAGUAACGAGGGAUGUAGCCGUCAGAACAGCGUAUCUCAAGGACUACGAGAGUGGCACAUUCCUUACGACGAACUGGACAAGGGGCAAGUCAUUGGACACGGUCGUUUUGGCACGGUCUAUUCCGGCAACUGGCACGGUCAGGUAGCGAUCAAAGAGCUUCACAUGGAGCAUGGUAAUGAUCAGUGCACUCUCGAGGCCUUCAAGAGAGAAGUCUCGACUUUCCGGAAAACGCGUCACCAGAACCUCGUGCUCUUCAUGGGUGCUUGCAUGAAGCUGCCUCGACUAGCGAUCAUCACUAGUUUGUGCAAAGGCAGCACACUUUAUAAACAUAUCCACAUUCUCAAAGAUAAGUUCACUUUAAGCGUAACUAUCAACAUCGCUCAGCAAGUAGCCCAAGGUAUGGGUUACUUGCACGCCAAAGGCAUCGUUCACAAAGAUUUAAAAACCAAGAACAUUUUUUACGAGAAUGGAAAAGUAGUUAUUACAGACUUUGGUCUAGUGAACUUGACACGGCUGUGCCGAAAUGCACGUGUUGGUAGUUGGCUUAGCAUCCCUGCUGGGUGGCUGUGUUACUUGUCGCCCGAGCUCAUGAGGUCGCUGCAGGCAUCCUCCCCCCAACCUGCUGCUCUGCCUCACACCACGUGGACUGACGUCUACGCUUAUGGCACCGUGUGGUUUGAGCUGCUCUGCAAUGAAUGGCCUCACAAAGGCUUACCUCCAGAGGCCAUCAUAUGGCAAGUGGGCCGUGGUAUCAAACCUUCUCUGGCUCAUCUUCAGGCCUCCCGUGACGUUAAGGACAUCCUAAUGGAGUGUUGGGCCUACAAGCCAGAAGAUCGACCCGACUUUGCUUCGCUUCAGAAGUUACUUGAUAAAUUACCCAAAAAGAAGCUCGCACGGUCGCCGUCCCAUCCUAUUCACCUUUCUCGCUCGGCUGAGUGCGUAUUUUAAUCGCAUUAUCACCCAAGCUUUACAAUGCACGGAUCACAAUUCUGAACAUACCAUGUAUGUACUAAGUUAAUGACUUGGUCAAUAUGAAAGCAAAUUGAUCUACCAGUAUAUAUUUGUUCUUCGUGCGGUCAAUUCUUGAAUUUUACUGGAAGAUGCCCUCUGCUGGGGCUUGGCUGCCAAAACUUGGCUGGGUGCCCAAAUUUUUUGGAUGGCAUAUUCCAAUUACCAUUUUUUUCAUUUGCCAAACUGCCAAUUACACUGAAGACUAAUGCCACGGUUGAUCAUGCAUCAUGUUCAAUUUCGGAAAUCGUGAUCUUGAACAACACUUUAUAACAUGUGAGAGUUUGCACAAUUAAUAUCGGGUUUUGAUUCAAUACGUUAGGCAUAGCCACCCAAUUCUUUACUUUGCUGGUUCUGCACUGAAAUUCAAGCGGAAGUAAUGAGUAGAGUAUAAUCAGUAUAUAGUUUAAUGGUAAGAUCUCUUUUUCUUAAGAAAUCUUUUUUCGUGAUUGUUCGUGGUCGUCGUCACCAAAUUAUUUUUUAAUGGAGAGUUUUGUGCCCUUAGUUGUACAUAUCUCCUACUAUGGAUAAUGAAGAGUGAAGCUUUUGUCGGUCUUGUCAAGAAGCAAAUUUUUGUGCCUAAAACUUUUAAAUUGCGUGCGCCACGAGCAACGGUCUUUUCUUGCUAUAGUUCAUCCUCACUUAUUCGAAUAAUAAGAAAGAAAGAACUUCUUUUGCAAAGAAGAACUUCUGCUCGUCUCUUGAUGCUGCAUGAAAUAUUCCAUUGUCGUGAAUAGAUGUAUCUUUGUAUUUGUUCAUCUGUUAUCUUUGAAAACUCGUAAAUUCGGUUUCACCAAGUUUCAAUGCAUAUCUCUCUUUCUUGUGUAUUGGAAUUGAUCUUCAAUGAGGCUUUCUGGAGCCUAAAUUACUAGCCAUAACCACAGCGUGUCAUUCGUUUGCAUUGUCUAAGGCCCUCGACAGAAUUGCUUAGUUUCGAGUUGCAAGAAUUGAACAAUUAGUGGAGUUGUAAUCAAUAGCAAAUAAUCUAAUACGUGUCUACGUCACAUCAUCUGGACUUGUGUUAUUUAUUUUCAAAUAUCACAGUCCCGACUUUUUCUUAAUAAUUUUUGUGGACUAGUUUAAUUUUUGACGGAAAGAAUGCAUUUUAUCCCAAGGCUCACGCUGUGAGCAUAAUAGUCCGUGCUGCAAGUCUAGUCAUUUCUUGGGUUAACUAGUGAUCAUAGUUAACUUAGGUUAACUAGUGAUCUUAGUCUUAUUAAGUAACUAGAGCAAGAGUAGAGGGUUUCUGUGUGUGCUUAGGGCAAGUGAGUGGUGCUAUUUCUAUCAUCAAAACCUACCUGCAUUGCUUCAACUUCGUUCGUGUAAAAAUGAGUCUUGAAGUUUAACCAAAAUUGAUUCCUCGAUAUUUGCUCUCUUCUAGCUUUGAUUCUGGUGGCCAAGUCUUGAAAACCGUCAGUCAAAGUCGUGAAAAUUGAUGCCUUGAAAUCAGAUAUCUUCUCAUUUUUGCCGACGAUCGACUUGUGGGAUGUUAGACACUCCACUUAAAAUACUGUGAGGGAAAAGGCAUGUUAGAAUAUCACAUCUCCGUCUGUCCGAUAUUGCAUAGGCUAAUUUUUCCCAAGGUUGUGUCGCAAUUAGAAUGCUGGUCAUGAAUCUAUUUAGUCUUGAAAGUGCAAAGAGGGGCUAAUUUAAAUCCGUAUAUUUUAAAUUCAUGCUGCUUCUUCUUGACGAAAAGUGUAAGCAGAGUUCAAAGUGCUAAAACCAUUGGCGUUGUGUUACGUUAUUUUUUUUUUUUUUUUUGUUUGGUUCAACGGAUAAAAUUACUGUGAUCGUUUCUGCGUCCAUGUUUUCUUCGGUGCGUGUUCUUCGACUUGAACCUGAAUACUUUAGUGUAUCCUUACAUUCCAAUCACAGCUCUAGCGCAACUCAAGACGUAGAAUAAUUUUAUUUUAUUUGUGAGUUGAUAUUCAAGUUACUUGCUCUAAAAUCGAAUCAUAAACCUGGCACACAUGCGUGUUGUCAAUUUUAUUCCUCUUUCUCAAGGCCUCCCACUUUUUUGGUAGAACAUUUCUAAUUCUAACUAGUUAUCUGUUGUUGUGCUUAGCUCAGUUCCAUUCUCUUUGAGCAAAGAUGGUGUAGAAGGGAACAAGUAUUUGUGCGUCACCGUAUAUGUAGCGACAGACUCCCAUAGUUGUCACUUCUUUGUAGUGGACUUAGAACCUUGCUAGACUCCCUGCCCUCUCUAGCCCGAGUAUUUAUGACCCAUGUAGUCGCUAUCUUGACCUGGCAUUCAUGCUUUCUUUACUUGUACGUGCAUGACCAUGUCUUCCCCUCCCUUCAAACUAUGACCCAUAGGUAUGUGUAUUUUUGUCACCGUAUAUUAGCGACGAUUGCGUCUUGUUAUUCAGGUAUGUUUUGCGUCAUAGUAUCGAGGGAUUCUCUCACCAUCCUAAUUCCCUUGGACUGUAUUGCUGCAUUUAAAUUCUUCCGUGGUCUCCAUGUAUUUGACCCAAACAAUAACUUUACAAUUUGUGCAAUGAUGGAAUAGUGAACGAUUUUCAGCUGUUCAUGUAGGUCUCAAAAACGAGACUUGUGCGUUCUUCUGAAUUGUGAAAAAUUGCCGCGCGACGCUCAUUGUGAAAAAAAAAUCUGUGCAACCCAAAGAAAAUAUGUGAACAUGAAAAUUCCGGCACGUUGUACCAAAGUAUUUCUAAUGUGAACUGUCUAGUUAUUCGUGACAAUUGCAUCGUAUUUCAUCUGCGCCAGCUAACAACAAACUCUGUCAUGAGGACAAUAUCAAGGUGGUUCUGCACUGGAUGUUCGUUCAAUUGUUCAUGCCUCUAUUUCGUCAGUGUAUCAAAUCGGACCACAGGCGAGCAUUGUGAACAUUAUUUAUUGCUGGUGUUCUGUGAGCCCAUAAUCGAGAAUCCGAAAGUGUAUGAAAUAAAGUGCACUCUAUUGACACUCUAAUUUAAGCAUUAUCGCACUAUCUGUAAUACUUCAUUGUUAGUUCAGCAGGAGCUAGGAGUCGAGGAUGUGGUUGUUGGGAUGACUGCGGCGACGAAUUUCCAUUCCCUCGGCGUCUUCACUUGCCAGUGUUGUGAUAGCCGAAUUUCCUUCUUGAACGAUAUUGCUUCAAUUUUGAACUAUAUCGCUUCAAUUUUGAACGAUAUCGCUUCAAUAUUGAACGAUAUUGCGUCAAUAUUGAACGAUAUUGCGUCUAUGUUGAACAAUAUUGCGUCUAUGCUAACUCGUCUAUGUUGAACGAUAUUGCGUCAAUAUUGAACGAUAUUGCGUCAAUAAUCGUUUUGCCAUGACUUGAAAAUUGAAUGUGUUGGGUGUGGCCCGUCGAAGACGCGAGAUGUGCUUCACUUCAGGCAGUACCUCCCCCGCUCCCUGGGUGGACCACGAGCGUCAAAAAUUCUUGUUAAAAUUCCAAAUGGGAAUCUUAGCCUGUUAUCCAUUCAUAUUUUUGGUCACCGAAUUCACUGGGAUAUGCUUGCGAUUGUAUAUUCAUGAUGAAUAGUGUGUCUCGUCAUCUAAUGUCAGUCAAAGCUCGGUUUUAUGUUUAGUUCUUAUCGGUAUACCGUUUAUAUGAGUAGGCUAGAGUGACAUGCGGUCACUUGAGUGUUUACUCGUUUGAAUAUUUGUGGGAAGUCAUUUUUUUAAUGCCAUACGAGUGGACUGAAGUCUGGACGCUGUGAGCGGAGCGAUCUCCCCUGUUGCUCCGCGCACGUCGCCACCGGACCAGUUGAGAACGUCGAAUGUAUUCCAUGGGAGACUAAAUUGUAAUUCUUCACGUUUGGUCCGUGUGCCUGCUCUUCAUGAUGACGUUAUGGCUGAUUUCAUGUUAUAUUAUAGCAUCAAUUAACAGUAAGGAUGCGGAGAGUUGGACGUGUGAGCAGUUUAUAGUGUAGCCGCUUACCUCAGCUCGUGAGGAUACAAAGGUUUGAGGAGGUCGUAUGUGAGAGGCUCGAGUGCAGGGCUCCCGCCUCCCUCCCCAGCUGGCGCGCGCUCUCUACUCUCACGCCCUCGCUGCGACAAAUGCUUUAGGUCGCUCAUCCAAAUUACGUCCAACCUAUUUAAUUUAUCGUGCGACAUACCAUACUGUACCAGACGACCUGGUAUUCUUCAAGAAGAUGAACGUUUCAUCAUAUGUUUUGGUGCUCGGUGGCUGAAUAGUUUCACUUAUACGUUAUUGAAAAUAAUUGAAUGCUUAGGUACUUGCAAAAUGGAUGACGGACAACAAGCGUCCGGACCGUAAUAUUAAUGCAUGAACUAAACUCUCCAAAAUAAAUGAUGUUUAAAUUGAGGCGUGCAAGUCUUGUUCCGUAUUCAAAGAAAAAAAAUGCUACCAAUAAGUUCUGUUCAUAUUCAUUUACAUAAUAUGUCUGGUUUCUCUAUCAUUGAUAUGCCUGGAGCGACUGCAUCUCCUCAGACCUCGCCUCUUCUCGAAGCCACUGCUCCCGCAGAGCACCUUGCACUGCGUUGUAGUCUUACCAUAGUUUUUCUCUGUCGAGUUUUAACUGAUGAUAUAUAUAACUGAUACAUAUAAUACGCAUAAAUAUAAGUAAUUUAUUUGUGAAUAUCGAAAAUGUGAACCAGAUAUAGUAUCGUAUGUAUAUAAUGUGAUGCAUUAAUAACGAAUAAAGUCUUUCUAGGUGAGAA